AUGAAUUCGCUGGGCCAGGACUUCUUCACGCUCCUCGCCGCGUCCGUGUUCGUCGUGCCCAUCUCGACGUACCUGAACGUGACGCCGGUGCUCGGCUUCCUCGCGGUCGGCUGCGCCAUCGGGCCCUACGGGCUCGAGCUGUUCAGCAACACGGAGGCGGACCUGCGGCUCGGCGACUUUGGGAUCCUCUUCCUGCUCUUCAACGAGGGUUUGAAUCUGUCGCCGGACCGGCUCAAAGCGCUCGGCGCGUUCUUCCGAUUAGGCGCCGCGCAGCUCCUGCUCUCCACGCUGCUCCCCCAGCUCGACGACACGAUCUUGCAAGCGGUGCGCGCGACGCCCGUGGCGGCGUUCUGCGUCGCCGCGGCGGGCUCCCUGAGCUCGUCGGCCUUCGUGCUGCCCGUGCUCAAGGGCAAGGGCUGGGAGGACGAGCCCGAGGGCGUCGCGGCGCUGAGCAUCCUUUUAUUGCAGGACCUGGCCGUCGCGCCGCUCCUCGUGCUACUUCCCUUGGUCGCGGGGGCGGGCGCGUCGCCGGGCGUCGAGGGCCUCGAGCUCCUCGCCUUCAAGGCGACGAUCGGCUUCGGCGGCGUGCUCGCUCUGGGGAACCAGGUGCUCAAGGUGGCCUUCGACCUCGUCGCGGAGGCCAGGUCCACGGAGACGUUCGUCGCGGCGACGUUGCUGGUCGCCGUGGGCAUGGGCCGCCUCGCCGAGGCCGCGGGGCUCUCGGCGACGACGGGCGCCUUCGCCGCGGGCGUCCUCCUCGCGGGCAACCGCUACCGGGCGCAGAUCGCCGCGGACAUCAAGCCCUUCGAGGGCAUCCUGCUCGGCGUCUUCUUCAUGACCGCGGGCGCGGGCCUCGACCCGCAAUUGGUUCUCUCGGAGGCCCCGACGCUGGCCCUGGGCAUCUUCGCCUUCCUCCUCGUCAAGGCCGCCGUGGUCUUCGCGGCGGGCCCGGCGCUGGGGCUCGACGUCUACCAGUCCGCGCGCGCGUCCGUGCUCCUGGCCGGCGGCGGCGAGUUCGCGUUCAUCAUCUUCACCUUGGCGGAGGAUUUGGGCGUCCUGGAGCCGGAGACCGCCAAGCUCCUGGCGGCCUCCGUGAUCCUCUCCAUGUCUUUAACACCCAUCCUCGGCGAGCUGGCGGACUGGGUCGGCGGCCUCGCGGAGUCCGCGGUGCGCGACCUGCUCCGGCCGGAACCCACGGACGGCGCGAACGCGGACGCCGUGCUCGUCUGCGGCUACGGGCUGCUGGGCAAGGCCGUCAUGGCGCACCUGGAAACGGCCCAAACGCCCUGCGUCGCCAUCGACCUGGACCCGGGGCGCGUCGCGUCGGGCGUCCUCGAGGGCCGCAACGUCGUCUUCGGCGACGGCGCGAAUUUGGACGUGCUGACGGCCGCGGGCGUGACGAAGCCCCGGGCCGUCGUCGUCGCCUACGCGGGCGCGUCGCGGCGCCUCGAGGCGACGACGCGGCUGCGCCGCUACUUCCCGGACGCGCCGAUAUUCGCGCGCGCGCGCGGCGCGGGCGACGGGCCCGACGCCGCGGGCCUCGCGACCGCGGGCGCGACCGCCGUCGUCGCGGAAGUCGCCGAGGCGUCGCUCCGCUUGGCGUCGCUCGUCGGCGUCGACGGCGCCGCCUACGACGCCGCGGCGGCGGCCGCGCGGGCGUCGACGACCGCGCUGCUCCCGCGUCAAUCUGCGGCGUUCCGCGACCUCGCGGACAGCGUCGGCGCGACGGAGGCCGAGGUCGCCGCGUGCUACGAGACCUUCGCGGCCUUGGACGGCGACGGCGACGGCACGGUCACGCUCGACGAGCUCGAGCGCGUGCUCCUGCGCGCGGCGACGGGGCCCGUCGACGAGGCGCGCGUCGCCGAGUGGGUCGACGACGCCGACGUCGACGGCGGCGGCGGCGUCGAGUUCCCCGAGUACGCGCGCGCGACGUUCGCCGCGAGGGGUGGUGGGGAAAGUAACGCGGGUUAG